AUGAGUCAGAACAACAACACUGGGGGGUAUAGCGACCCAGAUCUGGGUGACUAUACCCAAGGGUAUGAAGAUGCCACCAUUGUCGCGUCCUUCAAUCUUGUCGAGGACUAUCUCCGCGAGGAGGCGGCCGGCAACCAUGACGUUAUCCAUGUCCGAGACAUUGACAGCGAAGAUGACGACAGCGAAGAUGACGACAACAAGGAUGGCGACCACGAGGAUGACGACAACUACAACGAAAUGAAGUUCGAUGGAGCCGACUUCCACCAUGAAGAUGCCGGCCUGAACGAUAUCAACCUUGGGUUUGAUAUCGGUAACAAUCUGUUCCCGUCGCCUCCGGCCAUCGUUGAAUCGCCCCCGACCGAUGGGAUCAAAGGUGAAGACGAUGAAGAACUGUUUGGCAAAUCGCCCAUAGCCUCUGACGCUUCUCAAGGAGCGCCAACGCCCGCAGUCCCCAGUGAUAUGUCCACUCUUGCUUUUCCGCAGACUGACCCAGUCAUAGCCGCCUCCCACCCUCCCCAAGCGCCGGAGCCUUCAUCAUCUCAACCAACUCUCACCUUACCGCAGCUCGACCCUGCUGAGGUUCCUGACUUCAUCAAAGAAGAGCCAGGGCUCACCGAACCGGAUUACACCUCACUUCUCCCAAUCGACCCUUUGAUUGCCAGCGAGGCUUCCAAUGCGAGCCAACCAUCAGCGCCAGCGAGAGUACCUGACCCGCAAUCCUAUCUCCCCGCACCUGAGAUCUCGACGGGACCGAGCUUUCAGAGUUUCGUGCCGCCUCAGGAACAAAUCCCAGAGCCUGCUCUUGCAGUCCCAAAUAACGAGUUCUUUUACCCUUGUCGAGUUGACAAUGAUACGACGAACUCCAACCAGGGCCAAUACCCGCUUGGGCCUCUCCUGGGACAGGGCAAUGGCACUAGCCCAGACGACAAGAGGGCAGGGAGGCUACGGCGACCAAUACCAGUACAACAACCCAACCCAUAUAACAACUCGGCCUACCCCAUGCCACUAGCCCAAUGUGCGGUUGGGCAAUAUGACGCGUAUUCGAACACGCAGGCACAUCAGCGGUUCAUACCAUCCGAGGCCUCACGAUAUCGGCAGUCCAUGGGGCCACAAAACCCCGGCUAUCGGCUUCCUCUGCCCCAAAACGCAACACCGCCGAUGAACCUGGAGGAUAUCAGGCGUCUACCUCCCAUUAACCUCCCACUCCCCGUGUCUAACCAUGCCGCCUAUCCCCCACAACGCGACCCGUUGGCACCGCAGGACCAACCUCAUCCGCUCAAUCGCGGCAGGAUCAGCCACAGAAGGAGCCGCAAGGCCUCCUCCAACAACGACUCGCAACGGUUCUACGUCAGGCCCCCGAGGAUACCUGCGUGGGGUCCGUUGGUCCCAGGUCCGAGGCAACCGGAGCCCGUGUUUCGAUACUACAAGCACUAUGCCGAGUUGAGGCCUGCUCUGACCUUUACCGCGGACCAACUCGUCACUUUCUUCCUCGGAAUCGGGCAUCCAAAUCCCGGGCGGAGGCUGACGCUGUGGAUCCAGAACGUGGCGGCCCAGUCGAACGACCGGUACGCGAACAGGGGCGCAUCGACCAAAUGCCGAUACAAGAAUUGUCCGGCCAAGCAGAACACCAUCCUCAAGGGUUUCUUCCGGAUAGCUUUUGACGAGUUUUCGGACAUGACUGGCGACACGCUUGACCCAAUGCAUAACGCGGGCUACAUGCACCUGCACUGCUUCGAGAAGUUGUUCGAUCUGGGCUAUCUCAUCCAUUACGGCGCUACUCGUCUAGGGUUCAGGAUCCUUCCCGACCGACGCAUCUUCAACCACGAGACCAGGAACGCCGCUUCCCUCACCCGGGAUCACGGCGACAUGAUCAAUGCUUACGACGAGUGGGUGGAGGGGCAAAGGGCUCGGGCUGACUAUAUCGAGAGCGUCAACGCGAAUCCCCAGACCAGGAAGAUCUACACCGGCAUUGAACCGAUGCCGCACAUGAUCCCUCCUCACUCUCAGCGCCUUGGGUACAAGCUCGUCGAGAAGCAUCUUAGCCUCCAAGUCAAGGGUCGGGCGGCAACGCGGGACAACCGCGGUGGUCCACACAUCGGGAUCCACAUGGGCGAUCUGGACCUGCUCAUGCACCUGAAGCGCCGCGCCAAGCAGAGAAGGUCUAUCGUGCCGGGAACCCAACAGGAGACCCAGCAGGGGACCCAGCAGGUUGCGACCGCUACCACUAUCACAUAUGCCGCGGCCCAAGGCGCGGGGCAGAAGCGGGCUCACGACGAUGGUAACGGGGAAGGCAGCAGUUCAGUGGCUGCCGAGCAACGGCCUGCACAGCGGCUGCGAGUCGACGGCAACACCCAGCAGGCCCAGUACGAGCCCCCGACCACGCGGGGGACUAAGCGGGCCAUCGACGAUCUCGAAUCCUCCUCCACGUCCCCCGAGUCGAGCAAGCGGGCCAGAGAUUCCUCGUACCAGACGCCCGAUUUUCUGGACCCAGAGAACUACUACGACCUCUUCCCGAUGGACGUCUUAGAAGGAGACAACAUCAACGUCGCCUUUGGCGAUGACGACGCCCUCUACGACAACACCUUUUACGUGCCAGGGGACGACGACGAGCCCGAAAUGGGCUACGCUCACACCCAACCCAACUGGUACCCCCAACCACCCUCUUCCACCACCACCCCUCCCACCACCACCACCGCCGCGGCCACCACCUCCACCACCACCACCCCAACCCCCGCCUACCCCCGCACGCGCUCCCGCUCCCGUGAAGAAAGCAUCUCCAUCAUCAACCAGCUCACCCCGCACCACCUGACGCGCGCGUCGGCGCACGCGAUCCAGUCGCAGCUGGAGGCGCAGCCGGCGCACGUGCGGGAGCAGGUGCUGGCGGCGGUGCCGGCCGAGUACGCGGCGCUUGUGCAACCACCGACCCAAGAUGUGUCUGGGCUGCCGUGGGUUGCGAUGCAAAAGGCAACCAGUGAUCCCAGUCUCCCUGGCAUCGGCCUCCCUCCCUUGACCGAAGGCUCCCAAGCAACAUUGGUCGGCGGCAAGCCCGAUAGGUGGGCGGUCUCCGGCGACGGCAGCCCGCAGGUGAAGACGGACAUUCCUGUAUUCUAG